GGGGCUCGCCUUUAUAACCGCCGCUAGGCUCGCGGCUCAGCAGAGCAGCCUGGCCACGCGUCCCCAACGUCCCGGGUCCCAACGCCCCAGAACGCAUCUCCUAACCGCCACCGCGUCCCCGGGACGCCAUGGGGUACCCGCGCUGUGCCCCGCUACUGCUACUUCUGCUGCUACCGCUGCUGCUCACACCGCUGGCCGGGGAUGCCGCGGUCAUCACCGGGGCUUGCGACAAGGACUCUCAGUGUGGAGGAGGCAUGUGCUGCGCUGUCAGUAUCUGGGUUAAGAGCAUAAGGAUCUGCACACCUAUGGGCCAAGUGGGAGACAGCUGCCACCCCCUGACUCGGAAAGUUCCAUUUUGGGGGCGGAGGAUGCACCACACCUGUCCCUGCCUGCCAGGCUUGGCGUGUUUAAGGACUUCUUUCAACCGGUUUAUUUGUUUGGCCCGGAAGUGAUCAGUUCGAAGUAGGAACUUGAAACGUGAACCUCCACUGCACAUUGUCAAGUCUCACUUGUAAUUGUGUCAAACAAAGAAUACAUCAGAAAGAAAUGUUCUCCCUUCCUCGACUUUCCAAGUAACGUUUCUGUCUUUGAUUUUUGAAGUGGCUUUUCUUUUUUUCUUUUCUUUCUUUGAAGGAGAGUUUUAAUUUUUGGAGAGAUUUAUAGAGGGCAAGGCUUUCUAGCAUGCCUUCUCAUUUCCUGUUUAUGUUUUGCCUUGACAUUUUCUUGAAUGCCAAUAGCAACCGUUCUCACAAAUAGGAGACUAAGAGUGACCACUCUGUGACAGAAACUUCCCUUCGCCCUUUGCCUCACCCUUUCCUGCCCCAUGCCCAGACAGACACACCCUUACUCAGAGACUCAUGAUCCCCACCUUAGUCUAGCAUUGGGCCGCUACACUCCCAGGCUUGCUGGUAGGCCCACUGAGGAGGCUCAGAGAGCUAGCCCUGUACAAGUUUGAACCAGCCCCUCCAGGCAGCUCGUUGGGAGCAGAUGUGGAGUGCUCCAGGAACUUUCCUGCACCCGUCUGGCCCACUGGCUUUCAGUUCUGCUGUUUAACUGGUAGGAGGACAAAAUUAAUGGGACACUGAAGGAACCUGGUCCAUUUUUCUAGAUUCGUUUUAAGUAAAAGACAUUUUCUUCUUGGUGGAAUGGAAUAUUACAUGUCUUUUUCUUUUUUAUUUGAAGCUUUUUUAAAAAGUCUUGUUGGGGACAUUUUAAAGAAUGUCACUUGAGGAAGCAUUGAUUUUCAACUGGCAUGACAGAGUCAUCGUUUAAAAAAAAUCGGUGUUAAGUUAUAAUUUAAACUUUUAUUUGUAACCCAAAGGUCUAUUGUAAUGGAUUUCCUGAUAUCCUGCCAUUUGUACUGGUAUCAAUAUUUCUAUGUAAAAAAAAUUCUGUAUCAGAAUAAUGACGAUACUGUAUAUUCUUUGAUUUAUUUUGAUAUUAUAUCCUUAUUUUUGUCACGGCUGUCAACAGUUUUUAUUGCGAGCGAAUUUCUAUAUAGCCCUCAUCCUAAAGUCGGCAGACAUGCCAAAGCUGGUGAAGUCACCCUAACAGUACAUGCAUUUUCAUCUUGCAUCCAGGAGAGCUGUGUUUGUGUGAAUUUCAAGGUAGCACAAAAACGAAUAAAUAAACCAUGUGUACUCAAAAAGCAAAAACAAAAACGCUUUGGCGAGUGAAGGAAAGCGAAACACCCAGAUGCGAUUGUUCGAUGCAAUGGACCCGUAGGCUUGUCCUGCGAGAUCCAAUGUGCGAUGCGAGGCAUGGCAUGCGCUGGGUCUAACUGCACAGUGGCACCAAUAUGGUCUGGCCUUGAACA